GGAGGGAUUGUCGGGACAGAGGUGGUCAGGAAACACCGGGGAUGAACCACAAGAGUAAGAAGCGCAUCAAGGAGGCGAAACGUAGCGCCCGGCCCGAGCUCAAGGACUCGCAGGACUGGUGUCGCCAUAAUUAUUGCGAGGUUUUCUCGCUGAACCCCAGUACUGUGCGGGAUAACGUUGAGCGUGCGGACGAUGCGCACCUCUCCAUAGAGGAGUUCAUUGAUCGCUAUGAAAAACCCUACAAGCCAGUGGUUAUUGUCAAUGCCACCGCUGACUGGCCGGCCCAGGAAAAAUGGACCCUGGAACGGCUGAAACGCAAGUACCGCAACCAGAAAUUCAAAUGCGGGGAGGACAAUGACGGUUACUCUGUGAAAAUGAAAAUGAAGUACUACAUUGAUUAUAUGGAGGGGACGCGGGAUGACAGCCCUUUGUACAUCUUUGAUAGCAGCUAUGGUGAACACCCUAAGAGGAAGAAACUGCUGGAGGAUUACGAGGUGCCCAAGUAUUUCCGUGACGAUCUGUUCCAAUUCGCUGGGGAAAAACGUCGCCCUCCAUACAGGUGGUUUGUGAUGGGACCGGCACGUUCUGGGACUGGAAUUCAUAUCGACCCAUUGGGUACCAGCGCCUGGAACUCUCUAGUUCAUGGGCAUAAGCGUUGGUGCCUCUUUCCUACUAACACACCACGGGAACUGAUCAAAGUGACACGGGAUGAGGGGGGGAAUCAGCAGGAUGAGGCCAUCACCUGGUUCAACGUUAUUUAUCCUCGCACACAGCUUCCGUCAUGGCCGCCUGAAUUUAAACCUCUAGAGAUCCUGCAGAAGCCUGGAGAGACCGUGUUUGUGCCAGGAGGUUGGUGGCAUGUGGUCCUCAAUUUGGACACAGCCAUUGCGGUUACCCAGAACUUUGCCAGCUGCUCUAACUUCCCUGUAGUUUGGCACAAAACAGUGAGAGGGAGGCCCAAGCUUUCCAGGAAGUGGUACAGGAUUUUGAAGCAGGAACGGCCAGAGUUGGCAGCACUUGCAGAUACUGUAGACCUGCAAGAAGCCACGGGUAUUGCAUCAGACUCUUCCAGUGAUUCUUCCAGUUCCUCUUCUUCCAGCUCUUCCGAGUCCUGCUCAGAGGAUGACUUAAGUUCUGGAGCAGAGAUGAUGUCCCAUAGGAAGAAGAAGAGGAAAAUCUGCAGCGUGAUGGAGAACGGGGACAGCACUACACAAGACGACUGUGUGAGCAAGGAGCGUAGCUCCUCAAGGUGACACAAGGUUCCAGGGAAAGCCAAGCAACCAUUGUUCUCAGAUGUUCUUCAAAGGAUAUGGUGACUCCCUCUCCCACCCUUUUGCCCUGUGCUGCUACACACCUGCAGAGCAAAGCAGACUUGCUAUUUUAUAUUAGAUCACAGACUGUCUUUAAUAGGCUGGAAUACAUGGGAUUAUCAGUCUUUUAUCCAAAAAAUGUGAUGCCUUUUAGGACAAGACAUUUCUUCUUUUUGAAGUUUGUGGGCUCCAUCUCUCCUUUAACUCCACUGCUUUAUAUCAGCCACCUUGCAAGCACACCGCAGAUAUGUAGCCUUUUUAUCAAUAUUCUUCCUGUAUUCAAGGAUUAACAGCUACAGCUUUCUGCCAAUGGAAGCUUUGCAGUGUCUUAAAGGAAAGAGAAUGUCAUCAAUAGAAUGUUCCCUUAAUGAAGGGGAAUGUCCCGUCAAAUGACUAAUUUAGCUCCACUCAAUGUUGGAGUGCUCUACCCCUGUAUUCCUUCUUUUCAGAUCAGGUGGUAGACAGCAUAUUACCCAACCUGCCACAGGUUGUUAAGUCACAUAUAGUCCAAAAUGCUGCUGCACACUGAUAAAGUGAAUCAAUUCUUUAGUUGUGCAAUUUUAUUGGCUCAAACAAAGUAGACAAGGCAACAUUUCAGACCUCGCAGGGCCCUUUAUCAAGCGGGCCGAAAUGUUGCCUUGUCAACUUUGUUUGAGCCAAUAAAAUUGCAUGACUAAUUUAGCUGUCCCUCAGCAUUGUCAGAUACUUCCUGAAGUAAAUGAGUGCCAUGUUUUUGGAGCAGCAUGUACAAUUAGUACGUUUCUAGUUGUGUGUCUAGGAAUAUAAACCCAAAAAUCUUAUUUGAAUAAUGAAAGAAAAUACCACUCUAAGCAGCUUUCCAAUAUACAUUCAUUACAAAUUCUCACCGGUUUUGAAGUUAUUUGUAGCUAUAACUGCAGUAUCCAUCUCUUUGUUUUCUCUGCACUUGUGGGUCUGGCUUUUAAAGCAGUGUAGAAGGCAGCAGUUGAUUAGUAGACCUUUGAAGACUCAUGCAAGGCUAACUUCUUCUACAUUGUUUUAGGAGUCAGAACCAGUGAACAGAAACUAGCAGUAGCAAUGCUAUUUACACACUUUAAAACCAGUGUAAACUGCUGUAUAUUGGGCAGUUGUUUUGAAUGAUGUUUUUGUAUUGCUGGGGUUACAUCUCCUUUAACAAUAGCUUGGACUUAAAAAGUGCUGUACUCUGAAUUGUAACACGGUAAACCACCAUUUUGUAUAUCCAGUUACCUGUAAAGCCAAGCUUUUCCACCUGCAGCUCCGAUUUACUGCAUGCCGAUAAUCCCAGUGAAUUCUUUUUAAAUGGAUAAAUCCUGAUUGAAUUUGUGGCAGAAUUGCCUUUAAUAUCACUUUAAAACUGAGAUUUUUAAAGUCUGUGAUUGCUCUGUUAAUUUAAAACUGUAAUUUUUCUCCUGUUUUUUUUUUUAAUAUAUAUAUUUUUCUCUAACAAAAAUAAAAGACAGACCGAA